CUGGAGUUGCUCUCAAAGAAAUGGAGAGUCUAUAAGAACUGGAUACCAAACUCUGUUGUGCACGAACUAAAUUCUUGGUUUCGAUAACAAUUGCAAUGGUGGUGAAGGUGUACGGCCCCUUCUAUGCUGCGCCGAAGCGUGUGCUGGUGUGCCUUGUUGAGAAGGAGAUUGAAUUUGAGACCAGCCCCAUUGAUCUCUUCAAGGGUGAACAUAAAUCUCCGGAAUUUCUCAAAUUACAGCCCUUUGGACAAAUUCCUGUUAUCCAAGAUGGGGAUUAUACUUUGUAUGAAUCGCGCGCAAUCAUAAGGUACUACGCUGAAAAAUACAAAUCCCAGGGGACCGAUUUACUUGGAAAGACGAUUGAGGAAAGAGGUCUUGUGGAACAGUGGCUAGAGGUUGAAGCAAGCAACUAUCACCCGCCACUCGACAACUUGGUCAUGCACAUUUUGUUUGCCUCGGCAUUGGGAUUUCCUUCAGACCCGAAGAUCAUCCAGGAGAGCGAAGAAAAGCUCGGCAAGGUGUUGGACAUUUACGAGGAGCGGCUGUCGAAGAGCAAGUACUUGGCCGGUGAUUUUUUCAGCCUUGCUGAUCUUAGCCACCUUCCGUUCACCCACUACUUGGCCAAUAGUAUGGGGAAGGAGUAUAUGAUAAGGGACAGAAAGCAUGUCUCUGCUUGGUGGGAUGAUAUUAGCAGCAGACCAUCCUGGAAGAAGGUCCUCCAAUUUGGUGCGCCGUUUUAAGGUAUUUAAAGAAAUUGUUGCAUUCGCAACAUUGUCACGUUAAGGAGUUAUUAUAGAGGAGCGUUGGAUUCGCCGGUUCUGGAGCUUGGUCAGAAUAAAUAGUUGAAAGUAACGUGUGGGAAUAAUGAGAUCAUCCGCUCCUUGUAAUUUGCUUUCUCUGUCGGUACACAAGUAAGCUUUUUUCGCUGGAUAUGUAACUAAUGGUUUCAAUCGCUUUAUGGAUCAUGAAUGCUUAUGGCUUAAGCUGAAUUUGGGAGCGUUUUGUUAAAGUUGGUGGCUUAUUGGGAAGCCCUCUCUGCCAGUUUGGGCAUAGGAUGCUAUACCUUAUGUCCAAACUGGCAACUGUUUCACGAACUUUUUUCUAACAAAUCAAGCAAACUUACGAUGGAUUUCUAGGUGUGAUUUGCACUCAGAAUUUCCGCCUAUGACUAGUUGAGAAGAUUCUGAGGUUAAAUUUCAUAAUUGGCAUAUUCCGUUCUAGCUUGAGGUAUGACUUGCUGGAGGUUCUAUUGUGAAACCGAAAAGAUACUGUGCAUGUAAGUGUCAGUCGUGGCUAGCUAUGAAGGAGACGGUUGUUUGUCAUAUGAAUACAAAACAGGGCAGAUAGAUAUCUAUAACUUCAAUGCAUUUCAGAUGCUCUCUCAUCGCAUUUGGCACCUUGUACUUGUUUUAUGUCAUGGCCUCCAUUUUGUAUGCCAUAUUUAUACGAAAUUGUUAUUAGUA